AAAAUGGAGGAAAUAAGUUAUUUGCUAAAGUGCUCAGUGAAUGAACAAUCCAAUUUUAACAGGACACAGUUUUUGACAAAUGUAUCUUUAAGUAUUCCUAGUGUACCUCUGCAAGUUUCCAAAACAGUUGGACUCGGUGCCAUUGUAGGUUUGCUGUUGGUUACAGUGGCUAACAUCAUAUUUAAUCAAAAGUUCCGUACCAUUUUCUCUGCACCUUCAUGGAAGAAUGAUAAAAAUUUCGGAAACUUAAACGCAAAAACUCUACCCCGAGCUAUAACUCUAAUCGUCCUAGCGUUAAUGCUGCCAUUGAUAAUAGUGUUUUUGCUCUUAGCAUUAGUGUAUAAACUUGCGUGUGCUGUGAUCAUCAAGAACAAAGACAAAUAUUUCGUUGGUUUCCUCGAUAGUUUCGAUGUUUUCUGGAGUUUGGAAGACGAUACCACGAAGAGUGUCAUAACUGUUCUGGGAGUCAUAGAGUCUGAUUCACCUACAGCUCUCGUUCUAAAUAUCAAACAUAAGCUACUGAAUAUUUUCCCCAAUAAAGCCACUGAUAAGCUAUUCUUCAGAAGAAGUGAAGAAUAUGGAUUUUACUAUUGGAGACGCUACAGCAGUAUCGAUAUAAAUCAGUAUGUUGAAAUGGUUGAUUUUCCAAAAAACUCUGACACGCUAAAUACCGAAGACUUAGAAAUGUUAAUGACUGAAAUAUCAAAUCAGUCGCUACCAUACAAUGAUGAGGCGUUAUUUAAAAUAUUGGUGACCAAGCAGAGGGUUAGUAAUUAUGGCCAAGAAAGAGGUGAAUACGGUAUUGUGUUCAGAAUACAUCAUUCAGUUGGUGACGGCGUUGCUUUGAUUGAGUUUCUAUGCAAAAUAUUAGCUGAUGAUAAAAACGAUUGCGCGGUUAACAUGUUUUCGAAUGAUGAAAAGUAUAAUAAUAGAAUCCAGGAGUCUCCAAAGAAUUUAAUAGAUAUGAUGGAGAAAUUAUUAGAAAUGCCAAUUUGCUUUGUAGAUGGGAUUAUUCGGAAACCAGAUGAUAAUUCCCUACACGGGCCAGUAUUGUUAGGUGAAAAAAUAUUCAAGUGGACAGAAUCUGAUGAAAAUUUGUUGACAAUGGUAAAAGAAAUUAAGGACAGUGUAGAUAACAUGAAAUUUACGGAUGUUUUAGCGUCAGCUUUAUCAAGUGGCUUGCACAAAUAUUUUUCAAAGACGAUGACCCACAUUCCAAAGGACGUAGCGGUUGUAUUGCCAGUUAGAUUUCCUCCAGCUACGAUAGUUGACAAUGGUCUGGUUUUGGAAAACGAUUUUAGCGUGACUAUACUGGAUUUACCGGUGAAAACGGGCAAAAAGGAAGAAGUCAAAAAACGUUGCGAUGAGCUGCGCAGAAGUGCUGACCCUUUGACUAACUAUUUCCUCCUCAAGAUCUUCAACAGCGUCCUGCCCAAACAAGUCCUGCUGCCCGUAUUCAACAGCAGCCAAGCAACCAUGGUGUUUAGCAACCUGCCUGGGCCGCGACGCCUAAACAUUUGCGGAGGCAAUACCCUCAAGAAACUGGUGUUCUUUGUGCCAUUGAAAGGAAAUACUGGUCUAGGAGUGACUGCGCUCUGCUACGAUGGCGUUCUCCGCUUUGGCGCGGUGGCCGACUCGGCGCUGGUCUCCAGCCCCGACCAGCUGGCCAUCAUCCUGGACGGCAUGGUGGAGGAAAUACGGAGGAUGUACCAGAUGGUGCGGUAGUGGGGGGGGGGGGGAAGGUUUAACGGCUUGCUGU